AUGCGAGGCACUGGUUUUUGGGCCUUGAGCACAUUAGCGCUCUUCGCAUCUACGCAGACUCCAUGCACAGCUGCUCCGGUGCCGACAUCCGAGACAGUGCUCAAUGACCGCCAUGCUGCCAAUCAUGAUUCACAAAACCCGCUCGGGCUACAAAGACGCGCGCUCCCAGCCCUUGGCGGACCCGUCGGGACAGGCUUGAUGGGACUCUCUUUCCUACCCAUGUUCAUGCACCACGGAGGCGGCAAAGCGGAAGCAGCGCCAACGACCAUCAAUCCGAGCACGUUCGACGUGAAAAAGGAGCUGGAAUUCGGUCUGACGGUCAACAAGUGGAGAGCUAAAGCUGCUGCUGCGCAACAAGCUGCUGCAGACAAGGCGCAAGCGCUCGGAUCCGAGCCUGCGCCAGCUCCGGUCAAGAAGAAGGCGCAAGCAAAGCAACCUGAACAUGCGCCCGCACUUGCGAAGGAGCCUUCUCCAGCGCCUAGCAAACUUCCAAGUGGACGGCUGAGAAGGAGAAGCGGGUCGAACAGGGAGCUUGAAAGUGCUAUCGUGGAGCGAUCGAGCGUCGUCAGAACUGGGAGCACUCCGCCGGCUGCGCUCGAUCGGCGUCUAGUUGGAGGCACCGCUGGUGUGGUCAUUGGCGGACUUACGCUGGUACCCACUUUCAUAGAUGGUGUCAAAGGACUUGCAGAUGCUGGCAAACAUGGCACGGAGGGUGGGGCACUACCCGGCGGACAGACUCCCGUUGACCCCAACCUCGCCAAAGCGCAAGUACAAGCGACCAAGGCGGCGGUAGAAAGGCAAAAAGCUGCCGUUGCCAAGAUCAAGCACGAGGAAUUUGUUUCUGAGGCCAAAGCGUUCAAUGCGGAUGCGGACUUUAAGAAGACGAUUGUGGACAACGGAGCGAUAGUUAGGCAGAACAGAGGUCGCGUCACCGUGCCAAAGUGGUACAAUAAGCUGGAUUACAGCAAUGCUGGCCAGCAUAUAAAGAUUCCAAAACUCCGCUGA